AAUGGAGUGAAUAGGCGCCUGCGCACUAAAGCAACGCGAUAUGGCUCCUCCGGCUCGCCGUCGCCUCCCGUCGUGCUGUGCUCGGCGCAAUGGCGGCGCCGUCUUCAUCCUAUGACAUGUUUGAUGAGAUAGUGAUGGCUGAGGACAGGUUUCACGGGGAGGGCUACCAGGAGGGGUACGCUGAGGGAAGCCACGCUGGGGCUGCUGAAGGGCGGAGGUGCGGCUGUCUGCAUGGUGCCAGGGUUGGCUCUGAGAUUGGCAGCUACCUUGGAUUUGCACUGACCUGGCAGCAUCUGCUCCCAAAAUGUACAGAUGAUAAGAACAGUAAAAAGAUGAGGGCCCUGGAUUCAUUAAUAGGAAUGAUACAGAAGUUCCCAUAUGAAGACCCCACUUACGAAAAGCUUCAAGACGACCUGGAAAAAAUCAGAGGGAAAUUUAAACAGUGUAAAUGGGAAGAUCUCUAGCAGCCACUAAACACAUCCUCCAAAAUCCAGAGGAAACUUGGAAAGGAGUUGGUUGGAAGUGCUGUGUACAACCUGGGCCCCAGAAGCUACCCCUGUAGUGCAGGUGGUGCUUCCACAGCAGCAAAGCCCAUGUAGAGUUCAGAUGCUGCAUGUGUGCCUUAUUCCUGCUAUACUGCGAGCACCCAGUCUUUCUGCCAGCAGUUCUCUCUUCAAGUAAGAGUAUUCAUGAAAACUGUGGCUGGAAAUCCUUAGCAGUUUCUUAGUAUGGCUGUGCAGAUGCUAACAGGAUCACCAAUAAACUGGUUUUCUUCUUAGAUGUCUAAAGAAGCGACUUUUGCUUUGCUCCUUGAGUCUGAAGAGCAAAAUCAGAAGUCUAGCAAGCCUUGUGUUAUCAGUGCAAUCUAGUUAACAAAUAUGCAAUCUCUUAAUCAUUGUUUGAUCUUAAUAUUAUGGGUAACUCAAAAGCUAAAUGGAAAUCAUACGUUUGCCAUGCCACUGCAAUUACCGGUCAGUUACAUUGGUGGGAUCAUAAAAUCACCAUGUUGGUCUGGAAAAGAUACAUUUCUCAUUAAGUGACGUUGGUGGGAUUUCACUCAAAUGCCAUCAUUUGUAGCUUUAUUACCUUUGUCCUACUGUAGCUUUUCAGCGACACUACUAGGAAUCUUGUCAGAGCAUAUAAGCCGCCCGCCUGGGUCAUUCCUGUGUUUCAUUUCUGUAGCCCCAAGCUUCACUUUCUCCUCUAUCUGGAGUUUUCCAUCCUUUAAAAUGCCAAAUAUACUUCCACAUAAGUGGAUUUCCAGUUUCUGCAUUUAACAGACCCUGCUUAAUAAAGAAUGCGUGAUCUUAAUUUUCAUCAAAGAUACAAGUUUGGAACUGAAGAGGAUUUUUUGGAGAUCUUUUGGAGGUUUACUGUGUACGCUUCUCCAUCUGAUGUAAUAAAGUAUUUUUCCUUUUAAUGAGCAAGAGUGUAGCCUAGCUGAAUGUGCAUAUUUUUUACAGCCUAUAGUAAACUGUUUUUCUUGCUACAUUCUUGUCAUCCUGCCCUUUUCAAUGUGAAUAAUACAUUUGAAUUUAGUAGGCUGUAUUCAGAAAUGAUGCUUAAGAGAAAGAAGAUGUAAAUGGCAGAGCUGACACUCAGGGUUUAAGCCCACUAAAAUUGCGGAGUAUCUGUUUUUAAUAGUGCAAAACAUCAUAGAAAAGGCAUAAGCCACUUAACGCGUUCAACAGAAAGCAGGUUGAAAUUUCUCCUUCCCCCCCCCCCAGCAAAAAGCUGUUUGUUCCCAAAUCAGGAUCAUAACUAUGUCCUCACUCAAAACAUACAAGCGACUGCACUAGGACAGACCGAUUUUACACUAGACUGUGCUUAACAGACAUCAGCAGCUUUCACUGUAACCUCCUUUGCAGUAGUUACUGCAUAGAACCAGUUGUGAAGUUUAGUCAGCGUGAAACUCAUAAAGCAUGUACCAGACUUGUCAUCCAGGGAGACCUGACAUUUUACAUUAAUUGAUAUUUCCAAGGCAGUAAUUGCUAUCACGUUCUCCUCUCGUUCCCAAUAGUCAGUAUGUAGAUUAGAAAUGUGAUCAUUCUCCCCAAAGAACAAUCUGUUGCUGCUGUGUCCAGCUCUUCCGAUUGGUAGCACACGUCUUGUUUUUAGAAAGGCACCUUGGAGAAGGAACUGGCAAACAGGUUGUAAGUUUUUCUCACUUUGUUCUGCAAUCGUACCUCAUUACUGUUGUAUUCCUGUCCUUCUCAAGUCCAGUUCUUUUUCAUGUAUUUUAGCAGGCUUUUAAUUUUUUUUGUAUUAAUUCGUCAUUAUCUCAGUGAUACCAACACAGUAAAAAGCUCUGUAGAAGAUGGGGGAAGGCAGAGAUGGUUGAUUUUAACUCGGCUGCUUUUAAAACAAACCAUUUCUGUAAAUGCGUUGUUGGGCACAAAACCGUACACUGACCAACACUGACAAGCAUAACUGAGUGCUAGUCACCUGCCCACUUCUAACAACACCUGCUUUCCUAAAGCACUGAUAUAAAUGUUAGCGUUGCAAUUACUAAAGCCCAGCCAGAAUGAGAGUGGCGUGGCUUAUUUGUUAUGUGAUACAGUUACUACCAUUCUGCAUUUGUGAAAGUAAUAAAAUGACAAAACAAGCGGGCACUGGGUUUUACCAAUUUUAUUUCUAGACUUUAGUGUUGUUGUUUGUUGUUUUUCUUUUUUUUUUUUUUUUUUGCUGGAAACUUGUCUGUUACAGGUCUGUUGGUGAAAAUGUGCAUUUCAGACCAGUGAUGCCAAUAAGUACAAUAUAAAAAUGUACAAAUCUGAAUUGCUUGCUUACUACAGAUUGUUAUAACAACGUGACAAACAAAGCAUCUCUGUUGGCACAUGAACCCACGUAUCUGGAUUUGGCAUUUCAGUACACACAAUAUGGAAAGAAAUUUGCAGUACACACUGCCACUCAGUGUAACACAUAACAUAACCAACAACCACUAACUCAGUAAUCAUGUUUGGUUCAGAGACACAGAGAUGCCACAAACAGAAGUGUUUUAUGAGGUAAGCAGUAAGAAAUGUUCCUGAAAUUUGAACAGAAUGUAUCCAGUCCUCCUGGGUCCUGCGACUGCUAGUAGCAUUGCAAUGCUCUGUUUAUGCACUAUGUAGGGUCUUAACUGCAUUUGCCUCGAAAGAGUUCUAAUUCUGUUUUGGUUUAGCAGCAUACAGGCAACAGCUAGAUUAUUCUUCAGCAUACAACUCUGUUAGCUGGCUUGUUUAUGUGAUUUACAGGCUUUUUAAAUUAGCAUUAUGCUAUAAUUAACAAAAAAAAAUAAAAAUAAAAACAAAAACAAAAAACCAACCCUAAUAUAUCAUAACAGAUUAAACACACAAAAUACUUAAAGAGUUCCAGAAGAUAACCUAUCACACCAAGUGAUGCAUCCCAACUGACGGGAACCACAUCAGGUGGCAUACAAAAGUUAUAUUAUAAUGCACCUUUCAUAUAUCAAUGUGGCUAAUAACACAGCUUAGAACUACUAUGAUAAUAAACCCCAGAUCAGACAAAGAAUCCAGCUUUAUAAAAUGCCUAACAACAAAAAGCGGACAUUAUUCGAUCUUCUGAAAUGUCUGCUGUCUUUACAUCAAUGCAACCUAGUUGCAAAUCGCGAGACCCAUUCAGAAUAACGUUCGAUGCAUUUCCAUUUGCAGUAGAACUAUGAGGCACUGUGUAUGAACAUUAAAACCUGGUCUAGACAUGGUUAACUGAAGUAUGAGGUAUUGUGAAACAGGAACCUUUUUUGGAAUAGAGCAGUAAUCACAUUAAGUAAAAACUGAUCACAUAAAAAAAAAUCUACAAAAAAAAAAAAAAGAUGUCAAUAAUAUAAUUUUCUAUGAGAAAAUUAAACCCUAUAACAUGGCAGUAUAUGACAUUGUAUAACAAAAAAAAAAAAGAAAAAAAAAGAAAAAAAAAGAAAAAAUAAAAAGAAAAACCAAACUGAUCCACAAAAUAGCAGCAAAACACAAUGACAAAGAUACAGAAAAGCAAUGUUAAUUUUUUUUCUUUUUUUCUCAAACCAUGCUGGGAAUUUAUCCAUAGCAGCUCAAUAAAAAUGGAGCAUCCACUCCUUUUCUCUUUUUUUUUUUUUAUCUUUUUUUUCCUUUUUUCUUUUUUUUUUUUUUCUUUUUCUUUUUCUUUUUUCUUUUUUUUAAUGCGUUUGUUUCGUCUGAUUUUUACAAUCAACACCUUAGCGGCAGUUUCCUCACAUACAUUUCACCAUCACAUUCUCCUCGAGCAUCAACUUCAACAGCUAUGUCCACGUCCCUUCAGCUACUUCCUAAAAUAAUAAUAAAAAGAUACAUAGCCAAGAUGUGCAAAUUUUCUAUUUGUAGCUAAAUAAAAAAACAAAACAACAACCAUGGGGCAUAUACUGGAAUAAGAACUUCUUUCAAGUACUCCAAUUUUCAUAUCUAUUAACUAUGGCGUUUUUUUAUCGUGGUUAGCUUGCUAUUGAAAAUGUCUGAGGGGCCAAAUAGACUGCUUGGUUUUGGGUUUGUUCUCUGAAGCGUGUCCUUUUUCUUUCAUAAGCUGCGUUAAAACUGUGACAGCAAGGGUAGAACGAUUCUUUUUUUUUCUUAUUUCAGAAAGGGGCGAUUGCAUUACUUUACAAAUCAUACUGGCCUUACGAACAUCCUCUGCAAUAAAUAUUCUUUUUAGCCUUAACUAUAAAUUAUAUAUUUUAGUGUUUAAAAACCUUCAGUUGCAAAACAUCUAGAGACAGUCCUUAAAACUAUGCGUCCUAUACGUGAACCUUUAAGGCCCCUAAUUCAUAACCAUGUGUUGGCACCAAAGGAUUUCUAAACUUCAACUUUUCUAUAGAAAAGGAUAGGAAGAUAUCCUGGCAAUUUGUGAAUGCAAUUUCUCUCACUGGAACACAACCUUCGGAUAAAGAAAAAUCACCUUUCCUCUAACACCAUAGUUAAAUGCACUUGCUUUGCAAUUCUGAGUUUGCCAACAAGCACUUAAUAUAUUUCCAAACCAUUCCAUUAAAAAAAAAAAAAAAAAAAAAAAAACAACAAAAAAAACCCACCAAAAAAUAAAACAAAAACAAACAAAAAAACAAAACAAAACAAAAAAAACCAACAAAACAAUUCCCACACAAUAAAAGAAUGUAUUUCCUAUAUCUAAUGGACUGAAAGUGCUUUGAAUGGAAUGGUUUUAGAAUAUUACAAACAAACAAAAAAAAGACUAAGCUGUGGAUUGAACCUGACCAUAAUUAGGCUGAAUAUCUGUGGGGUCAGACCAGCAUUUUUACACAGGUAACUACAAAAAUAUGAAGAUUACAAAAAUAUAAUAUAUUAUGUCACUAUUUCGGUUUCUCUUUAUAAUAGAGUAUCGUAUGAGUAGUACAUUGGCCUUUCCCAACAACGCUAAGCUGGAACCCUACAAAUGCACAGGCAAUCCACAGGCACAAAAAAAAAAAAAAAAAAAA